AUGUCUAGCUCACUCGACAGUAAUGGCACCAUCACCCCAGCGACUGAGGAGACCGUGCGCGACAUCCUGGCGGCGAAAGUGAGUGCAUUAGAACGCGACGUACUCGUGUGCAGGCUUACCGAUCGUAUCCACGUUCAGUACUUCUUUUUAGCCGCGCUGACGAUGUUACUGUAUGACCACAUGUGCACUUUCUCGGAAGAAGUUCGAUGUGUAUGGAACAAACGAAAGACAUUCGUUCUUUGCAUAUUCAUCUUUAUACGUUAUUACGCGCCACUAGCUAUGUCGGUUGUAGCAUUCGGGUAUUUCUCCACCGCCAUGACACCUGAAAGAUGCGCCAAAUGGGUUCUCUUCCUACCUCUUGGCGCCAUCGUGCCGCUUAUGCUCUUUCCUGGAAUUCUCAUGGUCGUCCGGGUAUACGCACUGUGGAAUCGGAAUAAAUGGGUCCUUGGCUUUCUUUGCACUUAUUUGGUCAUGCAAAAUGUCGCAGGACUCUGGCAGUAUACUGUUCGUGGUGGUGGACCCGCCCCGGUGCCGAUCGACAACUUCGACCUUCAUUUCUGCAUAUACCUCCCACCGAAACGCAUUGGCCGACUCUCAACGAUGUAUUUAUUCUUUGAGCUUGGCUUCGAUACGCUCGUUUUCCUACUUUCUAUGUCUCGGACGAUCUACGUAUACUUCAAACAUCAAGGCGCCGGCACCAUUGGUGGUUCCGGUCUGAUGAAAAAUUUAAUCCGCGACGGUAUAUUCUAUUUUGGUGUGAUCGUCUCUAUGAACAUCAUGUGGGUCCUCAUGAUCCUGUACGCGCCAGAAGGUGCUCGCGCUAUCGCUGCUCUUCCAUCCGCCUGUGUGACGACAACAAUGAUAUGUCGUAUCACCCUCAACCUCCGCACUACCGUCUACGGACCUGCCGAUGCAUCGGAUGGAUCCGACAAGCAUAUACCCCUAUCGCCCCUGCGGAAGUCGCAGCGCGGCAUGACGUUCGCGCGGGCGCAGUCGCUUUCUCGGUCCAGGCGAGAGCUAGGGACUCCGUUCGAGACAGCCGAUGUUCGAUCAGAUGUCGAGAGCGGCGGGGCUGGAAGGUACCUCAAUAUGGACAUCGGGGACGAUGACGAAGAAGACGAUCCAAAGUGGGAGGCAUUGAUGGUCACCAGAGAUCUUCAGACAGGUAUGGGAAUUCAUGUUGAAAUACAGACGGAAACUUUCCAGGAUGAGGAGCCAAGGGCAAUAUAG